CUCUUUUGCUCUGAAAGCACAAGAGAGAACUGCAGCCCAGCAGGGCGCUUACAUGUUUGCGCAGGGUUUGACAUUUCAGCACAUGAGUAGAACUGUAGCAACCUUAAUCACAGUGUGCACACACUUGAAGUUUUUGCCGCCUCAUCAAUCUACCUGAUUUGACGUUUUGCUGAUCAGCUCCUCCCCGAGCUGCGUUCCGAAAUCUCGGCCAUGAACAAAGAGCCGCCAGCCGGCUGCGCCACCUCAACCGACGGUAAAUUCAGGACGAAGUCGCAGGGUACCGACUGAAGGCGUACCUCGUUCCCCUUUCUGAUUUUGUACUUUAUCGCGUUUGUCUCAACUUUGUUUUCCCACGUGUCAAGCUGCUUAAUUUUCUAGUUUGUGUUGCAGUUUUUCUCACGCGCAGAGUUCGAGUGCAAACAAAGCGGACAAAGCCUGUCUCGCGACACCGAGAGGUUGACGCCAGUGAGUUGAGGGCGCUCAGGGGAUUCUGGGACUUUCGAAUUCCACCGCUCGUGGACGGUGUGAAGUCCGCUCUUCUUUUCCGACCAUUUCACCCCUCUGUACAUUUGUCCUGUCACUCGUGUCAACUUCGGCGACCAGAGUUUGGCCAGUCACCUCGCUGCUCGACCCUCAACCGUCAACGCCGUCGUGUUCAGUCCUCUGUGGCAGAUAGCAAAUUGGGUGACAGCUUCCUGCACAAAUGUAUGCAGAAAAAACAAAUACUGACUGCGCCGGCGACGUAUCUCGUCAUCACACUUGCACAGACACGCCGCAGCCGCUCCGCUCGCGCGGAGGUUUCGGCACACCGCCUGUCCGCGUACUGCGGAGUACACAUGACCGUUCACAAACCCCCCCGUCCUUAAGUGCACUGAAAGUUCGAUUCUCAGCGAGGGUAUACCCACAUCACUGCGUCGGUUGUUCACUGACGGUUUGGUUCUUAGGAAUCUGUAGUUGAGUUUGAAGCACAGAGGAUUCACGAUGCCUCCGACCAAGCCCGAGUCUCCCGGCGCUUCACGGCGUUUUUCCCCCGUGAGGCCGCCCUCAGUCGCGAGUGGGUCUGAUGUGUUUUCGGCAUUUUCUGACGGGACUUCUCUCCGCUCGGGCGCUCCCGGCGGGGGCCUGGCGCCCUCGCUUCGUGGCUCGCCGAACUUCACUGCCGCCAAUCCUGGACUGGGCGACGGUCAGGCAUACCUUCCGUACUCAGCACCGUUGGCGUCAGUGGGUUCGGGCCUCCACGGGUCGCCUCACGUGCGAGCGAGUUCUGUUCCUCCUGUGGGGACCGGGACAGUUCCUGAAGCUGUUCACAGCCAGCAUGUGCGCCCCGAGUUGUCUCCGGCCGGUCUCGUCCUUGGGUCUUUGGGCAGCGGCUCUCCGGGCGGGUCGACAGCGUCGUGCGGCACCGCCUCUCACCGCGAAUUGUCGCCGCAGACUUCCCUCGCAGGAUUCGUUUCGAUGGGGACGCAGGCCCACCAACUCCUGCCGCAGCUGCCUCAGCAACUGGCCCAGGCCCAGGCCGUCCACCCGCCGGCCCACCCGCUCGGCGCCAGCUCGUCAGUCGCGGCCACUGAGGGAUCCCCGCCUAGCAGUCCACGAAGCACUUUCUCGUCCGUGCACUCUUUUGGACAACACGAAGUCGUCUCUGUCUCGUUGCCUGCCGGACCCGUCUGCGCCGGGUCGCCUUCGGGGCCUUGCCGCUCGGGGGUCCUAGGCUUGGGGCCGGCACCGAACUCCAACUGUUGUCUGGGGGGAAACGCGACGGGAGAUGCCUCACGCUCUUUCUGCCAAGCACACAACGUUUUAGAUUCCCCAGGAACCUGCCCUCGUAGAAGCCCCGGGAAGCCACCAGCAGCCGGGGAAGAGUUGUCCGAGUUGAAUGGAGAAGAACGACCAGCGGAGUUUGGCGCUGACCUCUCCAGCGGCACCUUCGAAGUUCUCGUCCAGGCACCCAGCAUGAAGUUCAACUGCGGCCACUUCAUUGCGUAUCGCGGCUUCCGGGAACGACUUCACGGGCACAACUACUCGGUGACUGUGAAAAUCGGCGGAAUCGUCGGACCCGAUGGCUACAUCCUCGAUUUCGGAGACAUCAAACAAACCGCCAGAGAAGUCUGCAAGUCUCUGGAUGAGCACCUAAUUGUCCCAAUGAAAAGUGACGUGUUGGACAUCACCCAAGAGGGCCAGUCCAUUAUCAUUCGCUGCGAAGACGGGGCAGAGUUCAAGGUGCCCUGCUCCGAUUGUAAGUGUCUUCCUAUUGUGCACUCAAGUGCGGAGGAGAUUACCUGCUAUCUUUGGCAAUGCAUCGUGGACAAGGUCACUGUUCCGCUGCUGAAGAAGCGCGGAGCAACGUGGGUGGAGGUCGCUGUUUGGGAAACGCCGUCCCAGAUGGCAUCUUUUCGGAGAGAGGUUUAAAGGAUGUGGAAUAUACGCUCGACACGGAUGGAGAGAUAUUAGGAGGAAACAAAACUCUUGAAAGCUGUCUACACAUCGCAGAAAGAGUUUCCCGAUGAACGACUUCAGAGCAACUUGAACGUAGAUCCACCUUACUAGCUUUCGGCGAAGUGCUGUCGAAGGUCAUCUUGAUAGCGAGGAUGAUUAUGUUACUACCACCCGUCGUUCUGGUCCAAAAUGACAACCCCGUGUGUCACCGUACGUUUCGUUAUGCUGAUGGGGCGUAGUGUGCAGUUGGC